UUUCGAUAGGUUAUGUUUAAUUACAAUUAUAUUUUUAAAACAUUUUUUUAACAGAAAAUAAUCAGAAAUGGAUUUAAUUAACGACGACAAGCCACGUAUAAUAUUAAAUGAAUACAAAGUGACACAGAACCUUCCCCAAAGAAAAACUGUAAUCGAUGAAUUAUUCGAUGUUAAAAAGUUCACUGAAAAAUUUCGAAUAGUGAUUAUUCGGAAUGAGAAUUACGAAAUGGAAUUUGAUAUGAUUGGAAUUCAUCCAUUUUUAGCAAAUACUUUUCGCAGACUAAUGCUUAGUGAUGUACCAAGUAUGGCUAUUGACAAGGUGCAUGUAUUAAAUAAUACUUCUAUAAUUCAGGAUGAGGUCUUAGCACAUCGAAUUGGCUUAAUACCUUUAAAAGCAGAUCCAAGACUAUUUGAAUAUAAAUCUGAAGAUAGUGCAGAAAAUACUGAACAUGAUUCAUUAGAAUUUGAAUUAAAAAUUAGGUGCAGUAACAAUAAGGAUCAAAGUACUAAGAACUCUUCGAGAACUGAAGAUCUCUAUAAAAAUAGCAAUGUUUGUUCCAGCCAUAUUAAAUGGGUGCCUAUUGGUACACAAAAAGAAAGAUUUAAAGAAAUAGAUGUAGGCCCUAUCCAUUUCAAUAUUCUGAUAGCAAAAAUGAGACCAGGACAUGAAUUGGAUUUGAAACUAAUUGCAACCAAAAGUACUGGUAGAGAUCAUGCAAAAUUUUCUCCAGUUGCUACCGUAUUCUACAGACUAUUACCUGAUAUAAAAAUAAUUAAAGAAGUGGAAGGAGAAGCAGCUGAGAGAUUGGCAAAGUGUUUUUCACCAGGGGUAAUCGCUGUUAGACAUGAGAAAGGAAAGAAAAAAGCUGUCGUUCAAAAUCCCAGAUACGACACUGGAAGCAGAAACGUUUUUCGAUAUGAUGACCUGCGAGAUUCCGUAAUAAUGUCAAAAAUCCAAGACCACUUUAUAUUUACGAUCGAGUCGGUCGGAGCUCUUCAACCAGAGGCAAUAUUUCGGGAAUCUAUAAAGAUCUUGAAAAACAAAUGUUUACACUUAUUGGAAGAGUUAAAUAGUAGUUAAAACAGAUGUUGUUAAAAAUCAUUUUUAUUAAUUUUUGCAACAAUAUUGUAAAACAUUAAAAAACAUUAGAUUGACCGCGAAGUCAUUAGAUCAUAAAACUAUACAUUACUACAGAACGCAUUUUAAACAUAUAUUUUACUUAUAAUUACUUUUUACAAUGUUUUUAUCUUAUUAUUAAAUAUUAAUUAUGUCCAAAUUAUCAACUUAUUUUUAUUUAAAUUGUGAUCACCAUAAGUCUAACAACUCUGCGGACAGUCUGUACAAUAAUUGACUAUUAAAUUAAACUAAUAAAAUUGUUUUAUAGUUUACAUAAAUGAAA